UCGUAACAACACCUGAAGAAAUGGCGGAACUAGGAUCGGAAGUAAUCACGGGCUUUGAAGUAACCUCAGGCACCGAAGUAACCUCCCCAGAGCUGAUGGGCUGGGAUGCCCCAGAAGUAAUAACUGGCUGCGACGUGAUACCAGGCUCUGAAGUAAUAACUGGCUGCGACGAGAUGCCAGGCUCUGAAGUAAUGACCGGAUUCGACGUGAUGGGUGGUUCCGAAGUAAUGACCGGCUUCGACGUGAUGACAGGUUCCGAAGUAAUGGCAGGCUCCGAGGUAAUGACCGGGUUCGAGGUGAUAACGGGUUGCGAGAUCGUCGUAAUAGGGUCGGAAAUCGUAACAGGACUCGAAGGGACACUAACUGGGUUCGAAAUCGUAAUCGGGCUCGAGGGAAUCGUGAUCGGAUUCGAAGGGCUGCUAAUAGGGUCAGAGAUGGUAAUCGGGCUAGAGGGAAUAGUGAUCGGGUUUGAGGGAACGGUAACCGGGUUCGAGGGAACAGUAAUCGGGUCUGAGGGAAUGGUAAUCGGGUUCGACGGGAUAGUGAUUGGGUUCGACGGGAUGGUAAUUGGGUUCGACGGGAUGGUAAUUGGGUUCGACGGGAUGGUAAUUGGGUCUGAAGGAAUGGUGAUCGGGUUCGAGGGGAUAGUGAUCGGAUUCGACGGAAUAGUGAUCGGGUCCGAAGGAAUAGUAAUCGGAUUCGAGAUCGUAACAGGAUUCGAGGGAAUAAUGGUGAUACCAGUCGGCGGGCUACUGACAGUCGUAUGCUGGUCCGGCGACGACGUAGGUUGGGUUGUCACCUCGUCAGGGGAACUCGUCGGGGUCUCACUGGGCGUCGAGAAAGGAUUUGGAAUGGUGAUUGACGGCAGACUGAUUGACGGGAAACUGAUUGACGGGAACGAGAAAGUGUGGUGCUGCUUGGUUGUCUCCUGUUCAGGGGACGAAGUAUCGCCCGAGGAAGUCACUGGAGGUGGCGUCACCUGGGUCGUCGGCGCGUCCGUAACACUGUCCGGAGAGGAAACAGGUGGACUUGCGAUGACAGUGGGACUAUCACUGGGCGUCGUCGACGGUACCUCGGUUGGCGAAUCUGAUGAGACAGUCGUUGGAGCGUCCGUAGUAGUCGGUGGCGGAGUAGGGGGAGGCAGUAUUUCGCUAGUCAGCGAAGAAAUGACACUCCCAGCAAUGGACGUAACGUCUCCAAGGCCUGAGGUGACAUCUCCAACCACCGAUGUCAGAAUGUCACCCAAGCCUCCUCCACCUGUACUGGAGCCAUCAUCCGAAGGAGUAGACACAGGAGGAUCUGUGGGUGUCGGCGUUGGCGUAUCCGUUGGUACAUCAGAAACAGCCGACGUCGGAUCGUCAGUGGAUGGCGAGGUCACAGGAGUAUCUGUUGGCGUAGAGGUUGGAGUAUCCGUUGGGGUGACUGUCGGCGAGUCUGUCGGCGUGUCCGUUGGUGUGUCCGUUGGAGUGUCCGUUGGAGUGACUGUCGGUGUGUCCGCCGGAGUGACUGUCGGCGUGUCGGUAGGAAUAUCCGUAGGCGUCACUGGAGAGGUGUCUGUAGGAGUGACUGGAGGUACGUCCGUUGGACUUGCCGUAGGUGUAUCAGUUGGUGUCUCAGGCGGAACAUCCGUUGGACUCGCAGGCGCAGUGUCUGUCGGUGGGGGAUCAUCAACCACCGUUGAUGUCGGUGGUACAACUUCAGUUGUACCAGCCGUAUUAUCGUCGCCUUCAUGGAAGACUUUUCCCAAGCCCAAGGUGUCCGUAAGAUCGUUCACGGGCGGACCCAGCACGUCUGUAUGGAUACAACCGGUCAGUACACGUUGUCAAAAUGAGGGCACUAAAUUUCAUUCAACGCAGACACGAUGUCUCAUCGUGAUGACUGGUAACCAGAAGCACCACGGCGACUUCUCUCAGUCUGCGGUGGAUUAGAUAGUCGUCUGCUUGGCGACGAGCUAUGCGGACGCGCAAAGUAAAUCAGCGUAAGGUAUACUCACCAAUAAGAGGGUCUAGGAGUCCAUCCCGACGCUCAAGCGUCCCCAAAACCCGUCGGGACUGUUUACUUCGAAUCUCAAGCGAGCGGCGGGCGUGCGAAUGCGUUAGAGAUGAAUGCGAAGCAUCGACAGCGGUAAGCUGGAAGAAGACAACAGAGAGAAGAGCAAAGUAGAGGCCCGUCGUAGGGAGAUACAUGAAGGAUGAAAGGAAAGCAGGGGCCCUUGACCGACUAAAAUCAAAGAUUGGGUCGGUUGCCAGAGAAGAUGAGACUUAUUUGUUAUACUCUGAUGGUCGAAUGCUGAAAAGCCAGGACGGCGAGAGAGCUGUAGAGCACGAUACUCGCCAGGGAAGAGAAGGAGCGUGGUACUGCUAUGGUGGGCAGGGGAGGGCGCGGACGAAGAGGAAGGUCGACAAGGGCCGUAGAGAGAGCCAGCGUCGACGGGCGAGGGACAGCUGCUAGGUGACGCCCGUUACACCGAAACAGUCACAGUGAUCCAGGCUUGAUCCCCUUGUUCCUGCUCAUUUUCUCGACAUUUUGUUCAUCAAUUCUGUCACUCUUACUUCCGUGCUCUCCGCCCCGAAAGGCUAGAGAGACUUCAAAGCAAUUCAAAAAAGAACAGACAGCAUGCAAUGGAAUCUGCCAGCCAGCUUGCUCAAGUUCACUAAAAGAGAAACUUCGCGUUGCCACCAUGGUGACAGAACAUGCAUCGAGUUUGUCCCGCACUUCGUUCCCACAUAGAUAUGUCCCAG